GGUCUUUUCACUGUGGCCUGAUGUAUGGCUGCCACCAGUGUGACGCAGAAGGAGGACCUUGCCCUGUAGGCAGGACCACCUCGAAAGAAGGGGCUGAGUGUGUGGAAGUCUGCAGGAAGAGAGAGCCACCUAGCAUGUCCCCACCGAACCAGUCAGCAGAAGGCCUUCCCCAGGAGGCUUCCAACAGAUCCCUGAAUGCCACAGAAACCCCUGGGGCUUGGGAUCCUGGGACCCUGCAGGCACUGAAGAUCUCCCUUGCCGUGGUCCUUUCCAUCGUCACACUGGCCACAGUCCUCUCCAACGCCUUUGUACUUACCACCAUCUUGCUCACCAGGAAGCUCCACACGCCGGCCAACUAUCUCAUCGGCUCCCUGGCCACCACCGACCUCUUGGUUUCCAUCCUGGUCAUGCCCAUCAGCAUCGCCUACACGAUCACCCACACCUGGAACUUUGGCCAAAUCCUGUGCGACAUCUGGCUGUCUUCUGACAUCACGUGCUGCACAGCCUCCAUCCUGCACCUCUGUGUCAUUGCUCUGGACAGGUACUGGGCCAUCACUGAUGCCCUGGAGUAUAGCAAGCGCCGGACGGCCUGCCACGCGGCCACCAUGGUCGCCGUGGUCUGGGCCAUCUCCAUCUGCAUCUCCAUCCCGCCGCUCUUCUGGCGGCAGGCCAGCGCCCAGGGGGAGAUGUCGGACUGCCUAGUGAACACUUCUCAGAUCUCCUACACCAUCUACUCCACCUGCGGGGCCUUCUACAUCCCGUCCGUCUUGCUCAUCAUCCUAUACGGCCGCAUCUACAGGGCCGCCCGGAACCGCAUCCUGAAUCCGCCCUCGCUCUAUGGGAAGCGCUUCACCACGGCCCACCUCAUCACGGGCCCGGUGGGGUCCUCGCUCUGCUCGCUCAACUCCAGCCUCCACGAAGGACACUCGCCCCCGGCCGGCUCCCCUCUCUUCUUCAACCAUGUGAAAAUCAAGCUUGCUGACAGCGUCCUGGAACGCAAGCGGAUUUCCGCAGCUCGGGAGAGGAAGGCCACCAAGACCCUGGGGAUCAUUCUGGGCGCCUUCAUCGUCUGCUGGCUGCCCUUCUUCGUGGCAUCUCUGGUCCUCCCCAUCUGCAGGGACUCCUGCUGGCUCCACCCAGCCCUCUUUGACUUCUUCACCUGGCUGGGCUACUUAAACUCCCUCAUCAAUCCAAUCAUCUACACCGUGUUCAACGAAGAGUUUCGGCAAGCAUUUCAGAAAGUCGUUCAUUUCCGGAAAGCCUCCUAGUCUUUAUUCGGUGGUGACUCUUGUUAUCUUGUGUGUCCUGCAACCCAUCCGGGAUUGUCUUUUUUAUAUUUCCCGAGACUUGAGUUAAUUCACGAUAUCUUGGGUCUUGGUUCAACCAACAGAAUGCGUUGGUUCUGUGUUCUUUUUCCUGUCACCUUCUUGACUUCUGAGCCACCAAGAACUGGGCAGCUGGGCGAAAGGGGACAGGACUGGAGAUUUCACUUAGCAUAAUAUUUUCACAGUUCCUCUGUGCUGGAAGAAAUGUGACCCACAGGAUUCCUUGUUGAUACAGUUCAGGUGAGAAGCUAAUGCUGUAGAAAAGACCCCAGGCUCAAAGGCAAGGCUCUCUCAUCUACCUGAGAUCUGUAUGGAGCUCAAAGAAGAGUGGAUAAGAUUAAUGACACCAAUAUAUUGAAGGAGAAUUUAGGGCUAGGAUGGAGGGGUCUCCAUUCCAUGGGGCACCUUGAUUGGAAAAUAAUACCCAUGCAUAUCUUAUACUCAGUCCUCCUUAGAUUGAAUCUCUCUCAGUUGUCCAUGAGAAGGAAGUCAGUAUUUGAGAUAUCAAUGAUUUAGAGUGACUUGGAGAGAAAUUCAGGGGCAGAGGAGCAGGACAGUUGGGACUAGACUGAAUACCCUGUAUCCUUCCCUAAUAUCCCUGCACCAUCUUAAUAUUCUGAAGUUAAAAUCCAUUAUCACUCCAUUGAAGUAGAUCGAUGAGCUUUGGGCCCACUAAGCUUUGAGUGGGACACUAUUCUGAAUUUUUUUUCUGAAUUAUUUUUUUACAUCCCAUUCUCAUUAGAGAUCUGAGACCUGAUUAGAGAUGUUGAGUCGUAUCAAAUAAAAAG